AUGCACAUGUUCAAGUACAAAAGACGAUCGGCUCAUGACAACUGUUCCUCUACGCAGUCAGCCACCACCGCUAGACCCACCGACGCUGCAGGCACCACCAACGCUUCCUCAAUGGGGAGUGUAGGCGAAAUGAUCCCGGCAUACUACGUCGAUAGUGUCACCGCUGGAACUUCCCCCAAUGCAGACGCCAGACUCCACGGCGAUCUUGAUGGUCCGGUCAACGAACCCUUGGUCGUGGACUUUGCUGCAAUGCAUGAUGAGCCCGGCAUAAAUGGUUUCCAGUCCCCUCCCGCAUCGCCCUCCACUAAAGCCGAUGCGAGUUGGCUCUCCGACGACGAUCCCGCCGCGCCACCAGACUUCUCCGGUCGGCGAGACAUAUCCCACCACAUUCCUUUAAGGACAAGGUAA